AUACGCAUGUGCUAAAAUAAGCACUACUCUGUUCACUGCCUGAAUCUGCGACUGUUUAGAGCCGUGCGACGUGGAAAUAUGGAGACGUGUAAGCGGUAGUACGCUAGAAGUGGCUUGUAAACAACCUGUCAGAAGUUGGCAAUAUAGUUACAACCCUACGAAUGAAGGUAAUACACAGAGAUCAAGAUAGGACUACGUUGUAGUUUGCAUUACUUGAAGUUGGAACUACGUGUUGCCUACUGGUAAUAACGUGUUUGCUGAAGGCGGUCCUUCCAGUUAUCAAGGAUGAACUGUAUCUGAUGCGGAUGUAAUAGCAAUUUGCCUGUUUCCUGAACCAGGAUUAUGUUGAAGAAAUAAAAGUAUAAACUGGCUAUUUUCUAUUCCAAAAGAAGAUGGGGGCAAACAGCAGUAGCAUUACUGAACUUUCACACAACGACUACUUGAAGAAGUUGGCAGCUGCAGAAUCCCUAUCAGGGAAUGAUCCUUUAUGGAAUCAGCUUUUAUCAUUCUCUUUAACAAUGCCAACUAACAGUGCAGAUUCCAGACUAUUGGAGGAGGCAACCAUCUCCAUCUGCAAAGCACUAAUUGAGAACAAUCCACGGUCUGGAAAUUUUGGGACUCUGAUUAAGGUUUUCCUCAGCAGAACCAAAGAACUGAAAAUAUCUGCAGAAUGUCAAGACCAACUCUUUAUCUGGCAGGCCCACAAUGCACUGUUCAUUAUCCGGUGUUUACUAAAGGUGUUCAUUAGCCAGAUGUCGGAGAAUGAGCUACAGCUACACUUCACUUACCAAGAGAGGGCGCCAGAGGCUUGUGGGACAUAACCUACAAUAUUCUAUUAGAAGCUGUGACAACACUGCUCGUGCUCCUUUCAUAUCAGCUGUUCCACAAGGAGAUCCUACGUGAAAGUGCAGUUCACAGAUACCUGAUGCAAGGUCAAUGUGUUCCUUAUACCAGCAGAGUUGUGAAAACAUUGUUAUACAACUUCAUCAGACAAGAAAGAAGCCCUCCUCCAGGUUCCCAUAUCUUCCAGCAGGAGACAUCUGAUGGUGGAGGUCUACUUUAUGGGAUAGCAUCAGGAGUGGCAACUGGCCUCUGGGCGGUUUUAACCUUUGGAGGAGUUGGAAAUAAGCCACUGCCUCAUCAAGAUCAAUCUUCCUUGCUAGCUAGUCAGAGCCUUGUACUGUUACUUGUAUUAGUCAAUUUGACAGAUGCACCAGAUGCCCCAAACCCCUACAGACAAGCCAUCACGUCAUUCAAAAACACACAAGAUAACUCUCCAUUUCCUAGCCCACAUCAGCAUACCUUCCAAAUUAAUUUCAGUAGUCUGUACACUGCCUUAUGUGAACAACAGAAAUCAGAUGAAGUUACUCUCCUGUUGUAUACAUUAUUGCAUCAAAACACGAAUGUUAGGACGUAUGUUCUGGCUCGUACUGACAUUGAAAACCUAGUGCUGCCAAUUCUGGAGAUUCUGUACCAUGUAGAAGAAAGAAACUCCCAUCAUGUUUACAUGGCGCUUAUCAUUUUGUUAAUGCUCACAGAAGACGAUGCCUUUAACCGAUCUGUUCACGAAGUGGUAUUAAAAAAUAUUACGUGGUACACAGAACGUGUUCUGACAGAGAUUUCACUGGGAAGCCUUCUUAUACUUGUUGUCAUUAGAACUAUUCAGUACAACAUGACAAGAACCAGGGACAAAUACCUUCAUACGAACUGCUUGGCAGCUUUAGCUAACAUGUCUGCUCAGUUCCGCUCACUUCAUCAGUAUGCAGCACAAAGGAUUAUCAGUUAUACCUGCCGCCUGUUGCAGAGAUAUUUGUAUGUCUUGGAUAAACUGUAUUUCCCUCGUUCUCACUGCACCACACUGCAGCAAUGCUUCUCAGCCCUCAGCGAUACUGGAGAAGAGCUUUUGCACUUUACUUGCUCCCAUAUUCUGAAGUCCUAUGCUUCCAGCCUUUUCGCUUUGCUGUCUAAGAAACACAACAAAGUCUUGGAACAAGCUACGCAGUCAUCAAGAACUCUUGAAGUGGGUAACCCUGUGCUUCCUGACUAUGCCCAGGACCUCAAUGUAAUUGAAGAAGUAAUUAGAAUGAUGCUAGAAAUCAUCAAUUCCUGCCUAACAAACUCCCUUCAUCACAAUCCCAAUUUAGUAUAUGCCUUACUGUAUAAGCGUGAUCUUUUUGAGCAGUUCCGAACACAUCCUUCAUUUCAGGAUAUCAUGCAGAACAUAGAUAUGGUAAUCAGCUUCUUCAGUUCUCGACUAGAGCAGGCUGGAGCCGAUCUGUCAGUUGAGCGAGUUCUGGAAGUAAUCAAACAGGGAGCUGUUGCACUGCCCAAAGACAGACUGAAAAAAUUCCCAGAGCUGAAGUUUAAGUACGUAGAAGAAGAGCAGCCUGAGGAAUUCUUCAUCCCUUAUGUAUGGUCACUGGUGUAUAACUUGGGUGGACUGUUAUACUGGAAUCCACAGGAAAUACAACUCUUUUCCAUGGACUCAAGAUGAGUAAAAUGCUUUUAAAGGACAGCCUCGUGAAAUGAAAGGAAAAUAAAGACUACACUAAAAAAUGGAUGGCAGUAGUAUGCAUCUUCUGUUCGAACAACUUGCAGAUGUCAACUGGUUGCUAAAAUGCUAUUUCACCAUGUUAUUCAUUAAAAUCAAGAGGAGACUCAUCUGUAUUAGCCUGCCAACUAGUAGUUGUUCUGGGGGUUCUUUGAAAGGCGAUAGUGGGAUAUACUGGACUCACACUUGUCUGUCUUAUUCCACCUUCUGACUGGAGAAUAAAACAAUGUCUUUGUUCUGGUAAUACCUGCAGUUCUGAUCUGUUUUAGCAUCUGGUUGUAAUCAUCAGGCAACUGUCAUGUGAUAGUAUGCGCAUACGUGUUUGUGAUGGGAUAGAAGAUGAAAUACUUACCACUAGGUACUUGAAAGUGGAUUGAUUUUUAUUAAUGUUUGCUAUACUAUGCUCAUUCUGAAACAAUGCAUGCUUCAGAAAGAAGCCUUGUAAGUCCAUAUUAUGUAUUGGAGCUACAAUGCAAAGUGGGUAGUGGAGGAUACAAGAUUUUAAGGUCCACUUUUCAAAACAAUGUUAAUUUAACAUGUCACACAAAAUUGAAUUUCUUUUAAUUGGUACAGACUAGUAUAUGCUGUUUAGUGCAUUUAUUAGUCAUAAAUUAGCACCAGUGUCUGCAUAUUUUACAGUUUGUUCAUGUGGGUGUAGGUUUUCCAAGCAGAUCUAAAUGUUAGGGAGUUCUUCAAAGUUCAGCAGUUAAUGAUAAUGUCCUGUUUAUAUCUUUUGCAUUUUUAUUUUAUUUUUUUUAUUUUAUCUUACAUUAAGACCUAGUAGAAAUGUGGAAUUCUACUGUCACAUAGCCAAAAAAUGUUGCUAAAACUUGGGAAGUCAGUAAAUAAAGAACUGUAUAUAA